GGAACCUCUGCCAUUUAAAAGGUGUUUAUUUGCUUCAAUUUCAUUUCGUAUGAAAAGUAAAGCAUUUUGUGUACAUAACGAUAGCAAGGUAAACUUUAAAUACUUAUCUUCACUUUCCUCUAUUUGGAAUAUUUAGGAGAUAAACACAAAAUUAGUGUCGUAAAAUCCACUCCAGAUUCAAAUUAAACCUAUUUAAUGCAAAAAUUGCAAGAACGAUUUGAGCAAAUUGAACGAGUUUGACGUAAGUACAAACGAAAUAUGAGAAAAACAAUAAACGAAGAGUUCAAAAUGUUAUCAUAUUGUGAAAGGACAAUAAAAAAGAAGGUAACGCAGUACGUGAACAUUUUAUUUCUGAAUAACUUACUGUUGUGUUGAAUUCAAUCUGUCAUAUAUGAAACAAUUUGGAUUUGAUUGAAAUUUCAGAAAGUAACAAUACAUAACUUUAUAAAAACGACUAAACAUGAUGCGAUCAAGUAGAGUAUCUUAUUUUGAAAAGGAAGUUUUGAAGGAGCUGCGCCUCAGAGUUGAAACAAACGAUCCUCUCUUCUAUGGACAGAAGAAACUGAAAAUGCGCGGGAAAGACUUAAAGGCUAUCCCACACGUGCUCUUCACUAUGAUGGAUCUUGAAGUUUUGGAUCUGAGCCCGGAACGGGAAUCGUGUUUAGAUUUCCGGCUCCCACUGGUACCUCCAUCGAUUGGACGAUUGAUAAAUCUAAAGGUGCUUAUGCUGGAUACUAAUGAGUUAUACAAUCUGCCGAAGGAAAUAUGUCUUCUGCAGAGUUUGGAGCGGUUGUCGCUUAGCAACAAUGUUCUAACGUCGUUGCCGCAUGGUAUAGGUCGACUUCCGCUUUUGAGAAGUUUACAUAUGUCAAAUAAUAAAUUUGACGCAUUUCCUCUGGAAGUUUGUGAACUCAAAGCGCUAGAAUUUCUAGACCUAAGUGAUAAUUUGUUAGUGUCUAUACCAAAAGAGAUCUCUAACUUGAAAACACUCGGGACCCUUUUACUGAAUUACAACAAACUUAUUCAUUUACCGGAUGAACUCUGUGAGCUCGUCGAUCUGGAAUGUUUGUGGCUUGGAAACAAUAGGUUAAGGGAACUUCCACACAACUUUGGGAAUCUCGUGCGACUGGACUGGGGAUACAGGUACACCUCCUCCGUGCUCGAAUGUAACCCACUAGUACACCCACCAUUAGAGAUCUGCAGACUAGGGCCGAGGAAAAUAAAUGAAUAUUUUAAAGAUCUGGACUCGGUAAGGGAGAUAAGUACGGCUGAGUUUGAAGGCGACGAGGAGGAGUUACAGGCCAUUGAAACUGAGUCGGAGUCUGAAAAAGAGGGAAAUGAUGCAAAAACACCUGUUGCAGACGAAACAUAAUGAUUGGAAUGGUAUAUAUUAGAGUGAAGAUAUUCGGUUUAAUUCACCCAUGGCAUAUAGAAAUAUAUAUAUAUAUAUUCAUUGAGAACAUUAUUUUAUGUUAUUUUCUUUGUACGUUGGUAAUAUGCGUAGAUUCAUACUUGCUAGCAAUUUGCUGGCACUUUUUAUAUGUUGUAUUAGUAGAUAGUUUGAAAUUUUAUAUACAAGUAAAAGUGAAAAAAUC